GUAAAUGGCUAGCAGGGUCUCAGAAACAUGAAAUACAAGAGAAUUGGAGCAUCAUCUUUUCAGUUAGCGCCCGAUUUUUUAUGGGUUUCGUCUAAUAUACCGUCAUUAACAAUUUCGUUAUACGCAAGAACCAUAUUAAAUCGUAAACCAUGGAUAGCAUCACUUAAUAAUGUCCGUCAACAUUCUAUGGAAACGGUUAAAUCGACAUAUCAACGAGGAUCUAGUAUUUCAAGUCAGCGAUCAUCACUUUAUGAACAGGUAUUAAAUAAAGAGAAAAUAGGACAGAAUACAGGAAAAAUUGCAUCAGAAGCUGAGAAGGGGUUCAUACCAAAUGUGGAGGAAAAGUUGUUAUCAGAAAUAAAUUCACAAGUAAAUAAUGGAAAGAACAAGAAAAAAACGAUAUGGCAAAAAAUAAAACAUGAAGCACAGCAUUAUUGGGAUGGUACUAAGCUUUUAGGAGCGGAAACGAAGAUUUCAUGGAAGCUUGCAUUAAAAAUGGCGGCAGGUCAUGAACUAACUAGACGUGAACAUCGACAACUUAAACGCACAGUUAAGGAUUUGGUCCGACUUGUACCAUUUUCGGCUUUUGUUUUGAUUCCUUUUGCAGAAUUUCUCCUCCCAGUAGCAUUAAAAUUAUUUCCUAAUAUGCUUCCUUCUACAUAUGAAGCAGAUAAGGAUAGAGAGAAAAGACAAGCCAGAUUAAGUGAUACACGAAAAAGUGUUUCUCAAUUUUUGAGAAUGACUUUACAAGAAAGUGGUUUGCCUUUUAGUACAACAACUAAACAACGAGAAGAAUUUACAGAAUUCUUUCGAAAAAUACGAAAUGGAAAUGAGCCUCCUUCACAGACAGAUGUUAUUAGUGUGUCUAAAUUAUUUAGAGACGAUGUAACAUUAGAUAAUCUUUCACGUCCUCAAUUAGUUGCUAUCUGUCGUUAUAUGAAUUUAAAUACAUUUGGAACAGAUCCCAUGCUUCGCUAUCAAAUUAGACACAAAAUGCGUCAGAUCAAGUCGGACGAUAAAGCUAUUUGGUAUGAAGGAGUAGAAACACUUUCAGUACCGGAAUUACAAAUAGCUUGUGCCAAUAGGGGAAUUCGUACUCAUAGCGUAAGCCCUGCAAAGUUAAGAGAUGAAUUACAGCAAUGGCUUGAUUUACGUCUAAAACAUGGUGUACCAAGUACUCUUUUAGUUUUAUCAAACGCAUUUAUGUAUGAUCAAGAUAACCAAUCUGACAGGCAUUAUAAUGCUUUAAUUGCUACAUUAUCAAGUUUACCUGACGAAUUAUAUCAUGAAACAGAGUUGAGCGUAAGAGAUAAGGAAGCAACAAAUAAACAAAGACUUGAAGUUAUUAUGGAACAAGAGGAGUUAAUUGCUUCUGAGAGUCGCCAAAAUGAAAAAAAUGACUGUAAAAAUUCAAUUAAAAACAAUGGAGAUUUACAAGAAAAAAAUAUAAAAAAACAGGAUCUAAAGGAAAAUAGUUCUAUAUAA